AUGGAACGCCCAUCAACUGCAUCUUCUCGUCCUCGAACCUCCACCGGAAGAGCUCCUUCGGCGAGAGCUAGACCACCUUCUGCGAUGAGAGCUCCGCCUCCUGCUGCUCCAUCUGAAAGUCGUCCAAUGACCGGAAUGUCGAUUAGAAAUGGAGGACCAGCAGCCUCUAUUCCAGUCCCUCCUUCGAGAAGUGGUAUGAUUCCAGUGCCUCCUUCUAGAUCUGGAGGACCACCUGCUCCAAUGCCGAUGUCCAGAGCAGGAGGGCCACCUAGAGCUCCAUCUUCUAUGGGCGGUCGACCAAUGACUGGCAUGGCUAGACCUCCAACUACCGGGUUGAGACCAGUUACUCAACAAGGCUUGAGAGCUCCGCCAUCACGGAUGGGAACUGGAAAUGCACGUCAAGUGUUCGAUAAAAGUUAUUUUAUUGGAGUUCUACGAGCUAAACAAAAUGCAAUAAAAGUGGAGAUUUCAAGAAUGAAAGAGAGAAGAGAUAAAGGAAUGAGAGAUCGAAAUGAACUGCACGCAUACGAAUCGAGAGCUUCUGCACAAGCACAAGAGAUCACUGAACUACAAGGAAAAUUGUUGGAUUUGAAUAAGAUAAUGGAGAAGAUUCAUUUGAAUGGAGAUAUGUCAGAUAUUGAAUUGGAAGCGAGCAAGAUGAAAGAGCAGGCUGAUGAGGAGCAGAAGAAGUUGAAUGAAGCAGUUACGCAUGCAAUGGAUCCACAAAUGAAAGAGAAAUAUGAAGAUUUGAAGUCUGAAGCAAAGUAUUUGAGAGAAAGAGUUUUAGAAAUGGAAGCAAAAAACGAGGAUUUGGAUGACAGAAUUUCAAAAUAUGAAAUCGAAAUUCGAAGUAAUCCACUGAAAAAACGAGCGAUUGCAUUACAAGAGAAUUUGGAUACACUCAAGAAACAAGAGGAGACUAUUAUGGAAGAUAUGCAAAAUGCAUUGAGUCCGGAAGCAUGGAAAGAGAAGAUAAUUGAGAGUAUGAAACAGUUAAAUGCUGAUUUAGUUGUGAUUGAGAAGCAACAUAAGACACUGAAAGAUCAAAUAUCAUUGGCUUCGGAAGAGUUGCAUGAGUAUGAUUCACAAGGAGAAGCACAGAUUAUGGCACAUCAUACAAAAUAUCUGGAACUCCUUUCAAAAAGUACAAUGCUCGAUGAAGAUCCUGAAACAUUUCCAAGUCAGGUGUUACUUCUUCAGCAAGAUAUUGAAGAAUUCUCGAAUGCAAUCGUAUUGAACUUGAGAAGAAUAUCUGCAAACCUCAAGAAAGUGAAUCUGGGCGACCAGAUAACAGAUUUAGAUGAAAGAGGACUCAACUUGAAGAGUGGAAACGUUGAGGAACUGAAAGAAAUGCAUGUUCGCCUUCAAGAAGAAUUGAUUUCAACCGAAGAUAUGGAGAUGGCGUUGAAUGAAGAAAUCGAUAAUAUGGAGACUGAGGCGAAACGAAUUGAGCAGGAAUUAGACGGCCUUGAAAAGAAUAUUGGUUCUGAUGAUUUGAGACAGGAACUGGAAGAGAAAAAACGAGCUUUGGAAGACGAAGCUCCAGCACUUUCAGAUGAAAUGCAUCAGCUAGAAGCCAAUGUUGCAAACAUCCGGAAUGAAUUGCAUUCAGUCCCUGGUUAUGCCCAGCAUAAAGUUCUCCGUGACAAGCUGAAUGCAGUCGAGAAACGAGUGUCGGCGAAAACUUUGGACCUCAACUUAAGGAAGACUGAAAUUGAAUAUGAAAGUAUCAAGGCUGAGGCACUACGACUUCAGGAAGAGUAUAACACAUUACUUCUUUCCAACGCUCUCCAGCGAUUCAAUUGA